CGGCUAAGCGACGUGGGGGAGGGGAUUCGGCGUAGCGGGGCUGCGGUGGGCUCCGCUUAGUGUCGGGGGUCUUCGCGGCGGUCACCUCGGUCGGUUCCUGGCGCUUCGGUGGUCUACGGCGGCCUCUCUCGCCAGGCCGGCCGGCCGCGCUGGGACGGUGAGCUUCCCACUAGGGAAGCUCCGGAAGCUCACGUCCGGACCCGUGAGGCUGCGUCUUGCGCAGAGCACUCUGGGACUUGGAGUUCUCGACAUGGAACGCGCUGUGCCUCAUGCGGUGCCGCUGGGUCAGUUGGAAGUGUUUCAGGCCCUGCAGCGGCUGCACAUGACCAUUUUCUCCCAGAACGUCUCACCCUGCGGGAAGUUCCUAGCGGCUGGCAACAAUUACGGGCAGAUAGCCAUCUUCAGUUUGUCUGCUGCCCUGAGCUCCGAGGCCAAAGAGGAGAGUAAGAAGCCAGUGGUGACCUUCCUAGCCCACGAUGGACCCGUCUACAGCAUGGUCUCUACUGACCGGCAUCUGCUCAGUGCUGGCGACGGGGAGGUGAAGGCUUGGCUGUGGGCAGAGAUCCUCAAAAAGGGCUGUAAGGAGCUGUGGCGUCGUCAGCCCCCAUACAGGACCAGCCUGGAAGUGCCUGAGAUCAAUGCUCUGCUUCUCGUCCCCAAGGAGAAUUCCCUCAUCCUGGCUGGGGGGGACUGUCAGCUGCAUACUAUGGACCUUGAAACCGGGACCUUCACGCGGGCCCUCCGUGGCCACACAGACUACAUCCACUGCCUGGCGUUGCGGGAGCGGAGCCCCGAGGUGCUGUCGGGUGGCGAGGAUGGGGCCGUGCGGCUUUGGGACCUCCGCACAGCCAAGGAGGUCCAGACGAUCGAGGUAUACAAGCACGAGGAGUGCUCGAGGCCCCACAAUGGGCGCUGGAUCGGAUGUUUGGCAACUGACUCAGACUGGAUGGUCUGUGGAGGGGGCCCAGCGCUCACCCUCUGGCAUCUCCGUUCCUCCACGCCCACCACCGUCUUCCCCAUGCGGGCACCACAGAAGCAUGUCACCUUCUACCAGGACCUGAUUCUGUCGGCCGGCCAGGGCCGCUGUGUCAACCAGUGGCAGCUGAGCGGGGAGCUCAAGGCCCAGGUGCCCGGGUCCUCUCCAGGACUGCUCAGCCUCAGCCUCAACCAGCAGCCAGCAGCCCCUGAGUGCAAGGUCCUGACUGCUGCGGGCAACAGCUGCCGGGUGGAUGUCUUCACCAAUCUGGGCUACCGAGCCUUCUCCUUGUCCUUCUGACCCCAGUCACCCUCGCAACCUCCCCCCGGGGUGGAGCUGCGUGUUUGUUUACAAAUAAAAUGGCAGGCUUUUCCUCCAGGUGCAUUCUUCUCAAGAAAGGA